CUGCCAUGCAGAGCGUCAAGCGGGCCGCCGUCACCGCGGCUGCGUUGGUUCAAAUAGCGAUCGCGAGCGAUGGAUAUUGCCCCGACAUCUUUUAUGACGCUGCCCGAGUCAUUCUUCGCAGCCCGUUCCUGCUCUCGACGGACCCAAGCAUCAACUUUCAAUGCCACUCGUGCAUCGCCAACUUGGCGGCCAAGCAAGCUGUCGCCCCGCUGUGCUAUGUGGUUGGGAUGGAAGGAUACGACCCACAGUACGAUCUCGCCAAGGACUGCCACUGCCUCUCCCUCGGGCUCAUGGAAGAGUGCGCCGCCGUGUGCCUCCCCAAUCCACUCUGUUCCAAGUCAUCGCCCAGCUCCGCAUGUUCUGCUUGUGUCACGAAGCAAGCCCCUGCGUCAUGCACCCGCGACGACUGGAAUAUCCCGUGCUACGAAACGUGCCAGCAACCCAAGUGCAUCACGGAGUGCUCGCCGACGCCGCAGUGCCACCCAGCGGACCCCAUUUGCUCGACCUGUGUGAAAAACCACGCCUCCAAGUGCGACACGAGUGCUGUCUCAUUUGGCCGGCAGUGGGGUGCCGCGUGCACGGCGGAAUGCUACUCGACUACGUGCCAGGCGGACUGCAAUCGCCGCUGCGGUGACGGCAUCAAGACGGCAGAUGAACAAUGCGACGAUGGCAAUUCCAACAACAACGACGGGUGCUCAACAUCGUGUCAAAUCGAAGCUGGGUUUGCAUGCUCGACGAAGGACCAUGCGUUGAGCGCGUGCAACUUGAUAUCGUGCGGCGACGCUCGUCUCGAAGGAUCGGAAACGUGCGACGAUGGCAAUAUCGUGAAUGGCGAUGGGUGCAGCAGCAGCUGCCAAAUCGAACGCGGGGCCACGUGCACGCAGCCGCAUCAGCUUACCAAGAGCUUGUGUUCAGCCACAUGUGGCGACGGCGCUCAUGCGUUGGGACUUGAAGCUUGUGACGACGGCAACCUCGUUGCGGGAGAUGGGUGCUCCCCAACCUGUGGACUCGAACGAGGGUAUGCCUGCACCCCCGACGCGACCGGCAAGUCGGUGUGCCAUCCCGUGUGCGGCGACGGUAUUGUCACCGGCAAAGAAAAGUGCGAUGACAAGAACACGUCUCCGUUUGACGGGUGCUCUGAUACGUGCACGAUCGAGCUGGGGUACAAGUGCGAGAUCAACUCGGAGGGCGCGUCUGUGUGUUUAGCAUCGUGCGGCGACGGCAUCACGGCGUUUCCUGUUGAAGCGUGCGACGACUCGAACCGCGUGACGGGCGAUGGGUGCUCGUUGGAGUGCAAGGUCGAAAAGGGCUACAAGUGCUCGCCCCCUUCGUUUGAUGGCAAAACGUCCGUGUGUGCCCCGGUCUGCGGCAAUGCGUUGUUAACGGGCACGGAGAAGUGCGACGAUGGCAAUACCCUCGACAGCGACGGGUGCUCGUCGUCUUGCACGGUCGAAGUUGGCUGGAACUGCGACAACUCGUUCGCCAAGGCUACCAAGUCUGUGUGCAGCCCUGUGUGUGGAGAUGGGAUCGUUAAGGGCUGGGAAGAGUGCGAUGAGAUCUCGCGUGCGUGUGUGGAUUGCAAAAAAGUCGAGGUGCCCCCGCCUCGGUGCGGCGAUGGUUACACCGACGCCGGUGAAACUUGCGACGAUGGCAACAGUGUCGCCGGCGAUGGGUGCAGCGCAACAUGUCAAGUCGAAGCCGGCUACGUCUGCCAUGGCCGUGUGUGCCAAGGCGUGUGCGGCAACGGUGUCAAGACGUCCGCUGAGGCUUGCGAUGACAACAAUGCGGUCGACGGCGAUGGAUGUUCGUCGUCAUGUACGGUCGAAACCGGGUACAGUUGUAGCGCGUCCGACUCGCGGCUGAGCGUGUGCGCACCUACCUGUGGCGAUGGAAAGAUCAUUGGUCCUGAAACGUGCGAUGACGGCAACACUGUGUCGGGCGAUGGAUGCAGCUCCACGUGCAACGUGGAGUCGGGCUUUGUGUGCACGACGCUGUCGACGGGCGUGUCGACGUGCCGCGCCGUAUGUGGCGAUGGCCUUUUGGCCGGCGGGGAAGCAUGCGACGAUGGCAACUUGCGAUCGAGCGAUGGAUGCAGCUCGACGUGUCGGGUUGAGUCAGGGUAUGCGUGCACUCACCAGAGUCCGUCUGUGUGCUCGACAGUGUGCGGGGACGGGAUCCGCACGGCCAACGAAGCGUGCGACGACCGCAAUACGGACAACAACGACGGGUGCAGCUCCAAGUGCACGAUUGAAAUCGGAUUUGAGUGCACGACGCCGCGCGUCGGCGCAGAGUCUUCGUGCAUCCGCGUGCCCACUUGCGGCGACGGAUUCGUCUCCGACUCGGAAUCCUGCGAUGACGGCAACACUGUGUCGGGCGAUGGAUGUAGCAAACGGUGCCGCGUCGAAGCGCUGUACACGUGUGUGUCGCCUGCGGCGAACCAUGCGAGCGUAUGCACCAAGAGCAAAUGCAGCAACGUGCGCAAGGACUGGUACCAGCUCUCCGAUCAAGACAAAGCCAUCACCCAACGGUGCGUGACCAAGCUGUUCCAAACGGGGCUGUAUCAAAAGAUCACGGGCGUCCACGUGUUCAAACCGAACGAUCAGUACGCGCAUCGCACCAACGCUUUCGUGCAUUGGCACCGCAAGUGGCUGCUCAUCGUGGAAAACAUGCUGCGAUCCAUGGGCGGCGAGUGCUCGUGCUUGACCCUGCCGUACUGGGACUGGGCCCAGGAUGCCGUCGCGAUGCAAACGACCAAGUGCGCGUCGCGCAGCCAGUGCAGCGGUGUGUUGCGCGACUGGGGUGGCGGCGCGUCGACGACGAGCAAAUUCGUCAGCAUUCCAAUCUACAACGACCCGCAGUCGGGCGUUGCGUCCGGCAGCGCCACGGGCUACUGCGUCCUGAACGACGUCACCAAGGAUUGGCACGCCGGCAUGGAGCUGCACAAGUACAAGACCCAGUGGGACCCGACGUGUCCGAUUAUUCGACGUGGGUGGGAUGACUUUGGCGACGAGAACGGCUUCUUCGCCUCUCCAUUGGCGUCCACAUCGUUUUUAAACCUGGCGUCGUCUCUGGCCCGUGCGUACGACUACGAUACGUUUGCCUCGAUCGCGCUCGGCGACAUCCACAUCCUUCCCCACGAACGAUCGGGCGCUUACUUGCGCACGUUCAUCUCGCCCGCGGACCCUGUUUUCCUGCUGCAUCAUACGAAUAUCGAUCGCAUGUACGCGCUUUGGGAAGCGUGCCACGGCUGCAUGAACCCGUCGCGCGCGACUCGGACAACGGAAGGGCCGUGCUACCGCGGGGCAAGCUCCAACGACGGCAUCAAUGAUCCGUUCGUGUUUCAGUUCUUUGAUCCGUUGGGCAACGACCAGUUCCGCCAAGUCGACAUCGACGACGCGGACGACAUGGCCGAAUACGUGCCGCGCACGUUCAAAACGCCUGGCGACAUCAUGGACACGACGUCGCUGGGCGAAUACGCCUACUCGUAUCAAACGAAUAGCAUGGACGAUCGGCUGUGGAGCACCAGUGGAUGCGCCAACCGACCGAGCAUCUUGAUGGAGCUCAUGGCGGCGCCGACCCGCCACGUCGACCUGACCAUGCUGCUGGCGACAACCGACACGCCCAACGACGGCAGCACCAACGCGACGUACUCGACCGAGUUGGCUCAGCAAUACUUGGAAUGGGUCGACGGAGUCUUUACGAACGCGCACCACGUCCUCACAACGCUCCAAGAGUCCAACUUGUUUAGCAUUCCGUACUUGAGUUCGCAGCUCGGGAAACUCCAGUCGACGGAAGCGUACUUGGCCGACAUCGUCGCCACGUGUGAGUGCAUGGCCAUAAACAAGUUGCUCCUGGCGCGCACGGGCGAAGACCAUUUGACGCCGUCCUUUGUCGACGUAUCGGCUGCGACCAAGCGUGAGUGGAACAAUCGGUUCGAACUCCGCAGUUGCUUCCAUCGUGUCCUUGACAUGGACGAGAAGAGUGCGUUGACGCGCAGCUACUGCGACGUGAUUCUUGCCCCCGACUUUGCCGCAAAGCUCCAAAAUCUACUCAACGACCUCCGCGGCCUCGCCUCGACGUUGCUCGAUCCCACAUCCGACAUAACUCGCAACAGCAUUCAGCAAAUCUGGGACUACUUUACCAAAGGCUAAUAACCCGUGACGCAUUUGCGUAAUGUGUAUUCAUUCCAUGACCACUAUCGUACAGCUCUCGGGUGAAUGGCCACG